AUGAGUACAUUAAUGAAACAUUUUUAUCACGAAUCUACUCCAGCCAAGCGCCGUUCCACCGAUCAUCUUUGUAGUGUAAAUACAUGUGAAGUGGGCAUUCAGACGGAUAUCGAAUUCACUCAAUAUCCUAACCAGAGCGGAGAGCGUUGUGCAAGCAGGUGUAAUGAAUUGUCGACUGAAUUCGAGGGCUUAAAACUCGAUUUGGUGAUCUCCGAGUCGAAGAUUGAUAACAAAAUUCGAAUCAAUGGCAAUGCAAUAAAUCAAGUUCAGGCAGAAUUCGCCAUUAUUCAAAAUCAGCUCGGCGAAGUUGUUCAACAGGUCGAUCGUUUAGUUAACACAAAUGAGAACAUCAACACCAAUAACAAUAACAUUGCAGAAAGUAUUGUUAGAAUGGCUAAUGAGAACAAUGGUCUUAUCAAUACCAUUGAAUCACUAUGCAAUGGGCUGAAAACUAUGAUAGCCUUGUGUAAUGCAAAUUUUGUUAAUUAUUCAGAUCAACCAAGCGUCUUGCCAACUUCAACACUUGACCGAACUAACAUCACCCCGUCAUCAACAGAACCUAAUCAACAACAGCAUCAAAGCCUAAAUCCUUUUGCAGUUUGUAACUUUCAGGACGAAUCAUGUAUAGAAUCUUUUGUCACAGUUGAGGAAGCCAGUAUAACAUCAGAGGCUCUUAGCCUUGAUAACACCCUAUCGAAUUACUAUCCCAAUGUCAUAUCCAUUUUGGAUGAUCAACAUGCCGGCUUAUCCUCACCUAAUGGAAAUUCCACCACAGUCGAUGAGAUUGGUACAGGCAUUGACCAAAAUUACAGUCCGUCAACUAUGCCCCCAUCGUUUGAUGAUCAAUUGAAGGAAUAUCGUACUAAGCACUCUCACACCGACAGAAUGAUAGAUGUCCUUGAUAAUUCUGGAAUAACACACCAAAAAACUACAAGGAAAUCAACCCGAAACCGCAAAAACACCAGAUCUAGUCAAGUCAAAUCGAAGCGAUGCAAUUAUAUGCCACAACCCAUAUCACAUAUAGAUACCUCUGUAUUUAACCGGAAAAAUUUUCGGAAGAAUUGCUCUUCAAAUCGGCCACCGGACUGGGGAAACUACCUGAUCCUUGUAAACAAAUUAACACAGAAAACAGAAUUAGAACAAUCGACAAGAAUUUAA